GAGCCCAGUAACUUGAGAUGGACGCGCUAGCACAUAUCUGGAUGAUAAUUGUUCAAGAAAGAAAGCGGUGAUUUGAUUCUGGCCUGCAUCCCUUAUGGGCCACUCAUCGAGGACAUCAGAAGUGUCUCAUGCCAGCUGUAGGCUAGUAAGAGAUGAUAACAUUUUAUAGACUUUGUCAUUUUAUGUCAUUUUAAUACAGUUUAGAUCAAGGGCUCUCUUUAUUAUUUAUUUAUUACUCAUUUGAACGACUAGUGUCAUAGUGAUAAUGUGUAUGUACAUUUGAUAAUCUAUUUGACUUUGAUAAUACGUCAUAUUUMAUUUCAUACUAUAUCUCGAAAUGGGUCUAUGUUGGGAACACAAACAUCAACAAAGUUAGUAUAGAAUCGCAAACUCAGACUCUCCAAACAGCAUUUAUGCACUAGCCUACACUCCUAUCUUGUCAUUAAGAUAGGACGGGUUUAGUUUUCUCUUUUGAGGUCAAGAAGUUGCACAAAGUGCCUAAUAGCUCGUUAGUGKCUCAGCUGCCUCUGCCGGGGCAGGCAGGCUCUCCCUUGAGCACAGCCAGCCACAGGCUGCAGCUGAUGACUGUUUCAGAAUCUGUCCACUGGAGGCUCCCAGCAGUUCAUGCGUCACUUCAUUCCUGCCGCCGAUCAUGGCGGAGCUCGAGACAAUGCAGUCUGAACUGGAGGCGCCCGAAGUUCUCAAUGGGGACSCCGGCGAGAACGAAGAGAAAGAGGACGAGGAGCCCUCGGAAUCAGGGAAGAAAAAGAGAAGAAAAAAGAAAAAGAAUAAGACUGCUGCUCCAGCAGGGACAAAUGAGGCUGAGGGGGAUGGAGAUACCGGAGGAGGUGUUGGUGAUGUGACGAAACAGUUGGAGCAGCAAGCUCUGCUGGAGGACAAAGAGAAAGAGGACGAUGGAGUGGAUGAUGGAGAAGAUGUGGAGAACUCAGCAGGGAGGAAGAAAAAGAAGAAGAAAAAGAAGAAAGGAGUGAAGGGACAGACUGACCCUCCCUCCAUCCCUAUUUGUGAGCUGUAUCCCAGUGGAGACUUCCCAAAAGGAGAGGAGUGUGAAUAUCCCCCAUCUAAAGACGGGCGCAGUGCAGCGUGGAGGACCACCCAUGAGGAGAAGAGGGUCCUAGACAAGGCUAACGAGGAGAUGUGGAAUGACUUCCGUCAGGCUGCCGAGGCCCACAGACAGGUUCGAAACUACGUCAAUACCUGGAUCAAACCUGGGAUGACCAUGAUUGACAUCUGUGAGCGGUUGGAGGGCUGUAGUAGGAAGCUAAUCAAGGAGAAUGGUCUGAAGGCUGGCCUGGCAUUCCCCACUGGCUGCUCCAUCAACCACGUCGCUGCCCACUACACACCCAACGCUGGAGACCCCACAGUACUGCAGUACGACGACGUCUGCAAGAUAGACUUUGGCACGCACAUCAACGGUCGAAUCAUUGACUGUGCCUUCACCGUGACCUUCAACCCWAAGUAUGACAGACUACUGGAGGCUGUGAGAGAUGCUACCAACACAGGCAUCAAGUGCGCAGGGAUAGAUGUGCGCCUAUGUGACGUGGGUGAAACCAUCCAGGAGGUCAUGGAGUCUUAUGAGGUGGAGAUAGAUGGGAAAACAUACCAAGUAAAGCCAAUCAGGAACCUCAAUGGCCACUCCAUCGGACAGUACAGGAUACACGCAGGCAAGACUGUCCCCAUCGUCAAGGGAGGAGAAGCUACCAGGAUGGAGGAAGGUGAGGUGUAUGCAAUCGAGACAUUUGGCAGCACAGGGAGGGGAGCGGUUCACGAUGACAUGGAGUGCUCGCAUUACAUGAAGAACUUCAAUGUUGGACACGUGCCAAUAAGACUUCCCAGGGCCAAGCAUCUGCUAAACGUGAUCAAUGAGAACUUCGGRACGUUGGCGUUCUGCCGCCGCUGGUUGGACCGGCAGGGAGAGAGCAAGUACUUGAUGGCCCUGAAGAACCUGUGUGACCUGGGCAUCAUAGACCCGUACCCGCCGCUCUGCGACACAAAGGGCUCCUACACCGCUCAGUACGAACACACCAUCCUGCUCAGGCCCACCUGUAAGGAAGUGGUGAGCCGCGGGGAUGACUACUGAGCGUUUUCCGUAGGUCGGCUGACCUCAAAACCAGGAAGAACAGGAAGAGAAAGAAUGAGAGAAGAUAAAUCAGGGUCCUGUUCAUUAGGGCACAACACUUUUUAAAAUGUUUUGCAACAGAA